GGCCUCUCCGAAUGUUUUCCAUAUUUGUUCAGCCUCCUCCUCGGUUCAAAUACCGGGGAGGACUGGGGCGAGACAGAGCGCGGUUCGGGGGGCAAGGAGCCCUGGCACACACACACGCACGUGGGGAGCACCAUGGGGAAGAAGGAGAAGAAAGCCCAGCACAACGCGGCCCACGGCGAGGAGCAGGGCACGGACUCUGGCCACACGCAGGAGCCGGCGAUGAAGAAGAAGAAGAAGAAGAAGAGCAAGGGGGAACCCAAAGCUGGCUGGGAGGAGGAAUCUCACACGUGUUGUUGGUGCCGUUUCCCACUGCUGUGCGCUUUGUUGCAGCUGGCAUUCGGCGUCGCUGUAACGGUGCUGGGCUUCCUCAUGGCAGGCAUCAGCUCCUCCCUGCCGGUCAGAGACACUCCGUAUUGGGCUGGGAUCAUUGUCUGUGUGGUGUCCUUAGUGGGAUUUGUUAUGCUUUGCAUUUCAUACCAACCCGAUGAGAAGACGUGCGUGCAGUUCACAGUAAAGCUGAUGUAUUUUCUGCUGAGUGCCCUGGCUCUGGUUCUCUGUGUCGUGGCAGUGGCUUUUGCGGCCCACCAUUAUCUGCAGAUGACAAAAUUUACUUGUGACACUGUCCUCGAGUCCUGCCAGUGCAAACUGGACACCGUAGACCCCCUCAGCAGGACCUUCGUCUACCAGGAUGCCGCUGACUGCAGCAGUGUCACCAGCAUGCUCAGCCUCUACCUGAUUCUGCAGAUGGUGCUCAACCUGCUUGCAGCUCUGGUGUGUCUGUCAGCGUGCUUCAUUAUGUGGAAACACAGAUACCAGGUCUUUUAUGUGGGUGCUCGGUUCUACCCUUUAACUACUACUGAGUGCCAGCAACAGAAAGUGUAGGGUUUGCGUUGGCAGGGCCUGUAGCCAGGGAAUGGAAAGUGUCAGCAUUCUGCCACCAUAGACGCCACACAUGGAUCAAUGUUUUUAAGGUUUUUGAGAAGGAAAAACAUUCACAUGUUUAAUGAAUAUAUUUUUCAAUCAUUUUGUAUGUCAACCCUUGCAAAAAGUCCCUAGUGAGACUAUAUAGGGGUCACCUAACAUUCUGAAGAUGCAACCGUAGUGAUACUCACCAAAGAGCAUCUUCACUAGCCAUAAACAAUACGAGAGCUUAAAAAGUCAUUGGGAAUUGAUCUGAAGGGCUACAGCUGUUUAGAAAUAGGGUCUAUUUCCCUCACUGGUAGAUAUUCAUUCUUGCCUUCAGAGAAGAUAUACAACUUUCUACCAGAUGAAGAUCUCAUCCAAACUGCUUUAUUAUAAUUAUGCUGAUAACGCUUAGGGAAUAUACUGUGUUUUGGAUGCACCAAUGGGAAUUUACGGUACGGAAAAGGAACAAAAGAGGUCAAGACCUCUUCAAAUGCAGGCUGAGAUCAGCAGCAGAAGUGACUAUGUUAAUGACUACCAUAUAAAAGAUGUUUCAGAGUGACUGGUGAUGGCAGUUACCCAACCCAACUAUGAACAAACACCAGUUUCAGUGGGUUUGCUGAUGGUGAUGGGGUGGGCAAUGCCUCAGACCCCAGAUAUUUUACAAACGAGUGCUCGGUGCUUUGUGAGAAAAGAUCAAUUUAAGGAACCUUGAGCUGAGCUCCUAGGAUGGAGGUCCUUAAAUCACUAGUCACAUCGAAUGCCCUGCUGUAAUUGCAUGCUUCCAAACCCAGCAUCGGGCCAGUUCUACCAAUUAUAUUCUCUGCGCAACAAGCCAAAUGCAUUUUUGGUGUAACUCCUCUGAAGACAAUCAGCCUUACGCACCAGCUGUGGAUUUGGGCCAACAGCCCUGAAAGAUAACAUCCCUGCAACAAUCCAUGUUUUUAAAAUGGGAUAGAGGGAAGGAAGCAAGAAGAGACUGCCAGUCUACCAAAGACAUCAAUUGUAAAUAAUGAGGGCAAGAGAAUAACAAUUUCUUUAAAAGCAGCAUAGAAUAACAAUCCUUGUUCAGUGCUCUUUCACCCUGAAUGCAUGACUCUGAAAGUGCUUUACACAUUAUUAGCCUUAUACCAGGAUGAGCAUGCUGGCUUGUCUCUCCACCAGCUCAGCGUGUGCUCUCCAUUGACAGGAGCAGCUCUGGUCAGCAGCAUUGGGCACUGCUGCCCAGUAUUGACACCAGGUAAAUGCAGCUGGCACUCACACACUGUCAUCGUUUGGGAUUUCCUGAUCCCUGCCAGAGACAGGGUAUCUCUGAGGUGGAGUUGAAAAAACCCCGUGCCAGAAGAACCGCGCCACUAUCAUUAUCAGCAAGGAGGAAGCAAGCAGAAUUUGUACAAGGCUUUAAACAAGCAAAAACUUUCUGUUUCUGCUAAAAAAAAAAAAAAAAAAAAAAAAAAAAAAGCCACCAGUGAGUCAAAAAGCUGGGCUGGCAAAAAAGCUUGUUGUAUAAGCAGCUCUAAUCCUACCCAAAGAGUGCCUUCCAUGCAGCGAUCACGCAGUGAGCACACAUCACCCCAGGCUAGACCAGCACGCCACCAGCAUCAGAGAACCACAGUGUGGAUCACUCUCCUAAGGUCCACCUUGAGGAAAGUCCUCAUCUUUCUGUCUCAGAAACUUCUAGCACAGACAUACCUAGCAUUCUAGCAUCAGUCACCGAGGUGCUCUCUGCAAGAUGUGAAGUUGGGACCUUUUGAAAAUGAAAGUUUCAAGACCAGCUCCCAAACAGCCAUUUUUCUGUACCAAAACCCAAGUGACACUAGGAAUUGUGGCAGUAAGGGGACAUUUGCAAGCACUCCUGCUGGUUAUCCACACACUGCCACUGAUACUAAGUCCCAGAUUGGACUCUCAAGCAUACUUAGAGCCAGCACAUAGUGGCCCAGUGAGGUGGGACCUGGUAGGAAGCAGCCCAUCUCUUGACUUUGGUGGAGCAUUCUGCAAUCAUCACUGGUGGACCAGAUCCCAUAUGAGACAGAUACAUAGGUUUGGGGGCUUCCUCCCGUCCUUGCCAUCAGUCUCUGUAUCCCAAUGGCUGAUGAAGCUAGAGGAAGGCUCUGCUGGCAGAGCCCCUUCCUAAAUGGCCUGGGUGCCUACCUGGGAUAUCUUCUGGGGCAGCCCCUGGGGAUUUUGAGAUGCCAACUGGGGAUUGGUGGGGAGGGAUACAAGUGAUGGGGAAGGGAAGGGAAGAGAGCCUGCUCUGCUUAGGAAGCCACUUUAAUAACAGCAUUUUAAUCACAGCGCACUCCCUGCUUUGAGCCACCACUGCCAAAUUUGGUUCACUCUCUGGUGCAUCACAGUGUAACCCUUCACUCUAGAAGAAAACAGUAUUCGUUGUAUGUUCUAUGGGUAUUCUAAUGCUUUAUGAAUAAAUAUGGAGCAUUUUGAUCUA